GCAGAGCCACCCCCUGGUCGCUUCUCCACAGGAGCUCCCUGCGCACUGCCGGCCCAGCCAUGGCCCCCUGGCGUAAAACUGACAAAGAGCAGCAAGGAGUGGCCAUCUACAACUUCCAAGGCAGCGGAGCCCCCCAGCUCUCCCUGCAGAUCGGAGAUGUGGUUCGAAUCCAGGAGACCUGUGGAGACUGGUACAGGGGAUACCUCAUAAAGCACAAGAUGGCACAGGGCAUUUUUCCUCGGUCCUUCAUCCACACCAAGGAGGUGACAGUGGAGAAAAGAAGAAACGUGGAGAACAUCAUACCUGCGGAAAUCCCUCUGGCCCAAGAAGUGACCAUGACACUCUGGGAGUGGGGCGGCAUCUGGAAGCAGCUCUACGUGGCCAGCAAGAAGGAGCGCUUCCUGCAGGUGGAGUCCAUGUUGUAUGACCUGAUGGAGUGGCGGUCCCAGCUGCUCUCGGGGACUCUGCCCAAGGACGAGCUCAAGGAGCUGAAGCAGAAAGUCACCUCCAAGAUCGACUACGGCAACAAAAUCCUUGAGCUUGACCUGAUCGUCAGAGAUGAAGACGGGAAUAUCUUGGACCCUGAUAACACCAGCGUCAUCAGCUUGUUCCAUGCACACGAGGAGGCGACGGAUAAAAUCACAGAGCGCAUCAAGGAAGAAAUGUCCAAAGACCAGCCCGACUAUGGGAUGUAUUCCCGGAUCUCCUCGUCUCCCACCCACAGCCUGUACGUCUUUGUGAGGAACUUUGUGUGCAGAAUUGGCGAAGAUGCCGAACUCUUCAUGUCUCUCUACGACCCCAACAAGCAGACGGUCAUAAGCGAAAACUACCUGGUACGCUGGGGCAGCAGAGGCUUCCCGAAGGAGAUCGAGAUGCUGAACAACCUGAAGGUGGUCUUCACGGACCUCGGCAACAAAGACCUCAACAGGGAUAAGAUCUACUUGAUCUGUCAGAUCGUGCGGGUUGGGAAAAUGGACCUCAAGGACUCUGCCGGGAAGAAGUGUACCCAGGGGCUGCGGAGGCCCUUCGGGGUGGCAGUGAUGGACAUAACAGACAUCGUCAAGGGGAAGGUGGAGAGCGACGAGGAGAAGCAGCACUUCAUCCCUUUCCACCCGGUGACAGCUGAGAGUGACUUCCUGCACAGCCUGCUGGGGAAGGUCACAGCCUCCAAGGGGGACAGUGGAGGGCAAGGCCUCUGGGUGACCAUGAAGAUGCUCGUGGGGGACAUCAUUCAGAUCCGCAAGGACUACCCACACCUGGUGGACAGGACCACUGUUGUGGCCAGGAAGCUGGGCUUCCCGGAGAUCAUCAUGCCAGGUGACGUGAGGAACGACAUCUACAUCACCCUGCUGCAGGGUGACUUCGACAAGUACAACAAGACCACGCAGAGGAACGUGGAAGUGAUCAUGUGUGUGUGCACAGAGGACGGCAAGACACUGCCCAACGCCAUCUGCGUGGGAGCUGGGGAUAAGCCCAUGAACGAGUACCGCUCCGUGGUGUACUACCAAGUCAAGCAGCCUCGGUGGAUGGAAACUGUGAAGGUGACCGUGCCCAUUGAGGACAUGCAGAGGGUCCACCUGCGUUUCAUGCUUCGACACCGGUCAUCCCUGGAAUCCAAAGACAAAGGAGAGAAGAACUUUGCCAUGUCCUACGUGAAGCUGAUGAAGGAGGAUGGCACCACCCUGCAGGACGGCUAUCACGACCUGGUGGUCCUCAAGGUGGCAGCUUUGAAAUACAUCCCAUCUGUGCUCCAGGACGUGGAAACAGUCUUUGAUGCCAAGUUACUCAGCCAACUCCUGUACGAGUUCUACACCUGCAUCCCCCCUGUGAAGCUCCAGAAACAGAAGGUCCAGUCCAUGAACGAGAUAGUUCAGAGCAACCUCUUCAAAAAGCAGGAGUGCCGUGACAUCCUGCUGCCGGUCAUCACCAAGGAGCUCAAGGAGCUGCUGGAGCAGGAUGAGCUGCAGCACCAGGUGCAGGAGAAGAAGUACUGCGUGGAGCUGCUACACAGCAUCCUGGAGGUGCUCAGCGGCCAGGACCCGGCUUUCACCUACCACCACAUCCAGGAGAUCAUGGUUCAGCUGCUCCGCACAGUGAACCGGACGGUCAUCACGAUGGGCCGGGACCACGUUCUGAUUAGUCACUUUGUGGCGUGCAUGACGGCCAUCUUAAACCAGAUGAGUGACCAGCACUACUCUUUCUACAUCGAGACCUUCCAGACCAGCUCUGAGCUCGUGGACUUCCUGAUGGAGACGUUCAUCAUGUUCAAGGACCUCAUCGGGAAGAACGUGUACCCCGGGGACUGGAUGGCCAUGAGCAUGGUGCAGAACAGAGUCUUCCUCAGAGCCAUCAACAAGUUUGCAGAGAUCAUGAACCGCAAGUUCUUGGAGAACACCAAUUUUGAGUUCCAGCUUUGGAACAACUAUUUCCACCUGGCCGUGGCCUUCAUCACACAGGACUCCCUGCAGCUGGAGCAGUUCUCGCACGCCAAGUACAACAAGAUCCUCAACAAGUACGGGGACAUGCGGAGGCUGAUUGGUUUCUCCAUCCGGGACAUGUGGUUCAAGCUGGGCCAGAACAAAAUCUGCUUCAUCCCGGGCAUGGUGGGGCCCAUCUUAGAGAUGACGCUGGUCCCCGAGGCAGAGCUCCGCAAGGCCACCAUCCCCAUUUUCUUCGACAUGAUGUUGUGUGAAUAUCAGAGGACUGGAGACUUCAAGAAGUUUGAAAAUGAGAUCAUCCUCAAGCUGGACCAUGAGGUGGAGGGCGGCCGAGGGGACGAGCAGUACAUGCAGCUUCUGGAGUCCAUCCUGACAGAGUGCGCCCUGGAGCACCCCGGCAUCAGAAAGUCAGUGGAGAGCUUCGUGAGUCUGGUUCGAGGCCUCCUGGAAAAGCUUCUGGACUAUCGAGACGUGAUGACGGAUGAGAGCAGGGACAACCGCAUGAGCUGCACCGUGAACCUGCUGAACUUCUACAAAGAUAACAAUCGGGAAGAGAUGUACAUCAGGUACCUUUACAAGCUCCGGGAUCUCCACCUGGACUGCGAGAACUUCACCGAGGCCGCCUACACCCUCCUGCUGCACACCUGGCUGCUCAAGUGGUCGGACGAGCAGUGCGCCUCACAGGUCAUGCAGACGGGCCAGCAGCACCCCCAGACCCACCGGCAGCUGAAGGAGUCCCUGUACGAGACCAUCAUCGGCUACUUUGACAAGGGAAAGAUGUGGGAGGAGGCCAUCGGUCUGUGCAAGGAGCUGGCCUGCCAGUACGAGGAGGAGGUCUUUGACUAUGAGCUACUGAGCCAGAACCUGAUCCAACAGGCGAAAUUUUACGAAAACAUCAUGAAGAUCCUCAGGCCCAAGCCGGACUACUUCGCCGUGGGCUACUACGGUCAGGGGUUCCCCUCCUUUCUGCGGAACAAAGUGUUCAUCUACCGGGGGAAGGAGUACGAGAGGCGAGAGGACUUUCAGAUGCAGCUUCUGAGCCAGUUCCCCAACGCGGAGAAGAUGAACACCACCUCGGCACCCGGGGAUGAGGUGAAGCGUGCCCCCGGCCAGUACAUCCAGUGCUUCACUGUCCAGCCGGUCUUGGAUGAACACCCUAGGUUCAAGAACAAGCCAGUGCCUGACCAGAUUAUAAACUUCUACAAGUCCAACUACGUACAGCGGUUCCACUACUCCCGGCCUGUGCGGAAAGGCACUGUGGACCCCGAGAACGAGUUUGCCUCAAUGUGGAUCGAGAGAACCUCUUUCGUGACGGCGUACAAGCUCCCAGGCAUCCUGAGAUGGUUUGAGGUGGUUCACAUGUCCCAGACCACCAUCAGCCCCCUGGAGAACGCCAUUGAGACCAUGUCCACGGCCAACGAGAAGAUUUUGAUGAUGGUCAACCAAUACCAGAGCGACCCCAGCCUGCCCAUCAACCCACUGUCCAUGCUGCUCAACGGUAUCGUGGACCCCGCCGUCAUGGGCGGCUUCGCCAAGUAUGAGAAGGCCUUCUUCACUGACGAGUACAGCAACGCCCACGCCGAGGACCAGGACAAGCUGAGCCGCCUCAAGGACCUGAUUGCCUGGCAGAUCCCCUUCCUGGGAGCCGGCAUCAAGAUCCACGAGAAAAGGGUGUCUGAGAACCUGAGACCCUUCCACGAGCGCAUGGAGGAGUGUUUCCGGAACCUCAAGGCCAAGGUGGAGAAGGAGUACGGAGUCAGAGAGAUGCCUGACUUCGAGGACCACCGGCGAGUGGGCCGCCCGCGGUCCAUGCUACGCUCUUACCGGCAGAUGUCCAUCAUCUCCAUGGCCUCCAUGGGCUCGGAUGGGGGCACCCCCAGCAGGACCACCCCAGAGAGUUUUGACCUGGAAGCGGCGCCCCCCAGGACCCCGAAGGCCGAGCCUGAGGAGCCCAUCUCUCCGGGGAGCACGCUGCCCGAGGUGAAGCUGCGUCGCUCCAAGAAGAGGGCCAAGCGGAGCAGCGUGGUGUUUGCUGAGGAGAAGGCAGCGGCCGACUCAGAGCUGAAGCGGCUCUCCCGGAAGCAUGAGUUCAUGAGCGACACCAACCUCUCAGAGCACACGGCCGUCCCUCCCCGGGUGUCCGUCCUGUCACAGAUGAGCUUUGCCAGCCAGUCCAUGCCCACCAUCCCCGGCCUCACGCUCUCAGCAGCCGGCGUGCCGGGGCUGGAGGAGUCGGGCUCGAACCCACGCCUCAGCCAGACCUUCCUCCAGUUCUCCGAUGGGGACAAGAAGACACUCAAGAGGAAGAAGGUCAACCAGUUCUUCAAGACCAUGCUGGCCAGCAAGUCACCAGACGAAGGCAAGCCUGACUUGCUGUCCACUGACCAGUGAGCCGAGGGGCUGGAGAGGAGCUUCCAGAAGAGGAGACACCCCCCUGCCCACUCACGCCCUGUGCCCUCAGGGAGACACCACCCUGCCCACUCACGCCCUGUGCCCUCAGGGAGACACCCCCCUGCCCACUCACGCCCUGUGCCCUCAGGGAGACACCACCCUGCCCACUCACGCCCUGUGCCCUCACUCCAGCGAACAGGCUGAGUUGGCCAGAUCUCUCCCACUGGAGACCCCCUCACACCCCCCCAGUCCCAGCCACACAGGAGAGUACAGGAACACUGUCCCCACCCCAACGCUGCCCUGUGUCCCCCAGAGCCCUGAGUCUGGGGUUGGGUGAGGUGGGGGGGCUUGGCUCUGCCUCCUACCCUAACCCCAGCAGAAAGGCCUUCCAGAAACUCAUUCUUCUGAAUAGUGUCUGUAUGCAAGGAAACAUUUUUAAAAGUCUUACACUUAAGAAAAAUAUAUACUUAAAAAAAGGCUUUGCACUUAUAAAUGAAUUUGUACAUCUAAGAAAAAGUUUGA